GUCUAAGGCGCCAGAUUUAGGCUCUGGUCCGCAAGGGCGUGGGUUCAAAUCCCACAGCUGUCAAAUUUUAUUUUUAUUCGUUGUCCAGGGUCUUUUAUGUCAAUUACUAAACCCUAAUUUUAUAAAGUUAAUUCGUCGCCGGUGAAAUCCUCUUCCGUUUCAUCUAUCAGCUCCUCUCAGUGAAGAAGAAGAAGAUCCUUUAAACUCUAAACAUCAGCAGCUAUGUCGAGGAGAAAGACAAGAGAACCAAAGGAGGAGACUGUCACUCUAGGACCAGCUGUUCGUGAUGGUGAGCAAGUCUUUGGAGUUGUUCAUAUCUUUGCUUCCUUCAAUGACACAUUCAUUCAUGUGACUGAUCUGUCUGGAAGGGAAACUCUCGUUCGUAUCACUGGUGGAAUGAAAGUAAAGGCUGACCGUGAUGAGUCCUCUCCUUAUGCUGCUAUGCUUGCUGCUCAAGAUGUUGCUCAAAGAUGCAAGGAGCUUGGCAUCACAGCUAUGCAUGUGAAACUCCGCGCCACUGGAGGAAACAAGACUAAGACCCCAGGUCCUGGUGCUCAGUCUGCCCUCAGAGCUCUUGCUCGUUCUGGCAUGAAGAUUGGUCGCAUUGAGGAUGUGACUCCAAUUCCAACCGAUAGCACCCGUAGAAAGGGUGGUAGAAGGGGAAGACGUCUUUGAUUUGUUUCUUUCUCACAAUCUCUCAUUUUUUGGUGCUUCUUCUAAAUGCCCCACAAUUCUUGUUGCUAUUGUUUUAAAAGCUUUGCAUUUCAUUUCUUUUAUACGAUACAUCACUGAAGAUGUUUAAUUAAAGAUAAACUAUUUUUAUGAAGCAA